AUGCGGUUCAUAACUGCCCUUGCUUCAUCACUAUGCUUUUCUUCAUUCAUAUGUGCUUCCCCUUAUCAUCCAGACCUGACAUCCUACAAUCUCAAUAACUGGUGUUCAAUCCCAAUGUACACUGUCCUUAUGGACAAGUUUGCCGAUGGUGACCCUUCAAAUAAUCAGUUCUUCAACUCCCCAUACGAAUGGGAUUGGAUAGAAACCCAACUUCAUUUUGGCAGUGACCUCAAAGGUCUAAUCUCGAAAUUGGACUACAUCCAAGGCAUGGGCAUCAAGGCCAUAUAUCUCUCAGGUACAAUAUUCUUGAACAUGAUAUGGCAAGCUGAUAGUACUAUUGAUGAUUGGGUAAACUUUGUCGACAUCCUACACACACGCGGCAUGUAUAUCAUGUUGGAUUUCCCAGUCGGAACCAUGUCCGACCUUCUCGGUUCUGAAGGGUUUGUUCACCCUAUCCACCAACUACAAUUACUUGCUCACUCACUCACACCACCUGUAAUGGGACAUGACGGUUGUUACAAGUCUGACUUUGACCAAUAUGGUGACAUGGACGCUUUCGGUCUUCACCUGCCUGGCAGUGACCGUCUCCACGAAUGGAAGCCUUCUGUUAUGGACAAACUCACUACCUUCUCCUGCAUGACCACCCCAGCCCUUGAUAUCGAUGCCAUUUGUGUCGACAAGUCCACACAGCUCACCGUCGAUGGCCUAACCGCUUGGGCAUCUGCAACUCGUGCUUGUGCCACUAAUCUUGGAAAGAAGAACUUUUAUAUCACCAGUGAAGUCACUGGCAGUGACACCUUUGGGUCCCUAUACCUGUCAGUCACUAUUUCACUCACCACUGAUACCAAUUGA